AUGCCUUCUUUCAACUCCAAAAAAGGACAAAUAUUCUUAAACUCAAAAAAUAUAGCUGAUGUAGCUUCAUGGUAUUGUGCUAUUGUUCUUAUUGCCCUCAUACUUGUAACAAUAGUUAGAGACACCUCUAUGAAUAUUAUUCCAAAUCAUGUUCAUAACAACUUCAUGGAAAAUAACCACCUCUUCUCCAUCAAACCAUGCGAUGAAAUAUAUGUUGUUGGUGAAGGUGAGACACUUCAUACAAUUAGUGAUAAGUGUGAUGACCCUUUUAUUGUUGAGAAUAAUCCUCAUAUACAUGACCCUGAUGAUGUCUUCCCUGGCCUUGUUAUCAAGAUUACACCUUCACAUCAUUGCUAG